GUUAUUACGUAUUCCGGACAACCCCUUAAAGUCAAAAUUGCUACAGGUCGAGUAUGACCUCUCAAUUCUAUAAGCAGGUAGGUAUGAUUGCUAUGUGAACUUCACCUCUGUAAGUAUGUUUCGAAGAUGAGCGACAAUCGUAUAAAAAUCGCGAUCGCAGGCGGUGGUAUCGCUGGGCUUGCUCUCGCAGCAGGGUUAGCUAAGAAACCUCAUAUCGAUGUGCAUGUUUACGAGGCGGUACCGGCUUACAAAGAUGUCGGCGCGGGUCUGGCGCUCCAUCUUAACGCCAUAAAGGCUAUGGCACUUACUGGUCCCGAAGUGAGACAAGCAUACUUUGACAAGGCGUUGACAAUGGGCGAUGAGAAUCAAGAGAUGGCUACUGAAGUAAUCCUAGCCCAGGGACCACAUAUGGGCCAACUAGUAGCGGAACUGGGUAGGGCAAAGGGGAGGAAGACAGUUAGCCGAGCUGACCUUCUAGAUGGAUUCCUCGCGUUGAUCCCGAGGGAUUGUAUCAGUUUCGGUAAGAGACUCGUUGGUAUUAACGAACAGCUCUCCGGUAGACACAGGGUCGGCUUGACGUUUCAGGACGGGACCGAAGCCGCGGUGGACUGUCUCUUGGGCGCGGAUGGAGUUCACAGCAUGACACGAAGCUAUCUUCUCGGAGCGGAUCAUCCAGCGACGUCGCCAAAAAAUCACGACGGUUGGCAGAUCUACCGUACCAUGGUACCGACCGAAGAAGCGAAGAAGCAAAUAAAUCCUAAAUGGACCACCAGCGUACCCAUCCUAUUAGGUCCUCGGGGACACAUCAACUGCAUACCACUGAACAAGAACACUCGCCUAAGUGCCGGUGUAGCGGUACGCGGAGCCGUUUUCUCAGCAAAAGACGGACAAGCCCCACCCCUCGACCCAGCGCUCUACGCCGAUUACAGCGAAGAAGCGCAACAAAUCGUACGCAUGGUAGCGCGGGAUACAAGCGCUUCAUGGACGGCUGCCGAUCACGACCACGCGCCAUACUAUGCGCGAGGGCACGUCGCUAUGUUCGGUGACGCCGCACAUGCCUCCCUACCGUUUGCAGGUAACGGCGCUGCGCAAGCUCUUGAAGACGCUGCCGUACUCGAUUACCUUUUCGCGCAUGUGGAACGACCCGAACAAAUACCCUCCGCAUUAAGAGCGUUUGAUGAAGCGCGUCGGGGCCGUAGUCAAGCUGUUGUGGAUCUCGCGCGGAGAUUCGGUCGCGUGUAUGCGUAUGCUGAAGAUGGUAUGCAUGAGGACCCCGUUCGCAUGAAGAAAUUUUUCGGCGAGAUGGCGGCGUUUACGAAUGAGUUUGAUGUUGGGGGGCAGAAUGAUAGGGCACUGGAUGUGUUUGUGAAGUUGGAGACGGGUAAUGGGGUGGUGGAUGGUAUGGACAGGGUAAACGGGGUGACUGAUGGAGGGUUGAAGAAUUAGAGGUUUGGGUAUAGAAUAUGGUAUAGCAGGCAGGUUUUGUGAAUUUGGAUAUGUACACUUCUAGAUUUACAGGGGAUAGAAAGGCAAUAUGCUGUAAUUAGGGGCGUUAACCACUGUACUUAGGCGGACCAAUUUACG